AUGAAGGUCGCGUUCGUCGGACUCGGGGCCAUGGGCUCCGGCAUGGCGCGCAGCAUCCUUGCCCAGGGCCAUCACGUCAGCGCGUUCGACGUGUACCCGCCGAGCGUGGACAAAUUCGUCGCCGCAGGCGGCACCGCGGCCAAGUCCCCCGCGCACGCAGCUGAGAAGGCAGACGCGAUCGUCCUCAUGGUCGUCAACUCCGACCAGGCCGACGCGGCGCUUUUCGGGGAGCAGGGCGCAGCGGCGACACUCCCUGCGGGCGCGGUGGUGAUCCUGUGCAGCACGGUCCCGCCGGCGUACGCGCGAGCGCUGCAGGUCAAGCUCGAGAAGCACUCCCCCCCGCUGCUGUACGUCGACGCGCCCGUCAGCGGCGGCGUCGCCAAGGCGGCCUCGGGCGCCCUCACAAUCAUGGCCUCGGGCUCCGACGAGGCGAUGGCGCGCGCGGGGGGCGUGCUCGACGCGAUGACCGGCAGCGGCGGCAAGCUGUACUGCAUUCCGGGCGGCGCGGGAGCGGGGUCGAGCGUGAAGAUGGUCAACCAGUUGUUGGCCGGUGUGCACAUCGCCGCUGCGGCAGAGGCCAUGGCGAUCGGUGCGCGCGCGGGCCUCAACACGCGCGCGCUCUUCGAGGUGAUCAGCAACGCCGCCGGGUCCUCCUGGAUGUUCUGCAACCGCGUGCCGCACAUGCUCGACGGCGACUACACCCCCCACUCCGCCCUCGACAUCUUCGUCAAGGACCUCGGCAUCGUUGUCGGGGAGGCCCUCGGAUAUAAAUUCCCGGUUCCAAUGGCCGCCGCGGCCCACCAGCUCUUCCUACACGGCUCCGCGAUGGGCAACGGCCGCCAGGACGACGCCUCGGUCGUCAAGUGCUACCCGGGCGUGGACGUGGCGUGCCCGGCCCCCGCACCAGUGCUGACGGCGCGAGCCCCGAGCGGCGCGCCCGCGGCCGCGGGGGCCGCGGCGAGCGAGCCGCCGCGGGCGCCCAAGUCCGAAGUGCUCGACGCGCUGCCACUGGUGCGGCCGCUGUCGAAGCGCGAGGUGGACGCCGCGUGGGAGGGCGGCAGGUCGCGGUGCCUGGUGGUCCUCGACGACGACCCGACGGGCACGCAGACCAUGCACGGGGUGCGUGUGCUGCUGGAGUGGGAAGUGGCGCUGCUGGAACAGGCGUUCCGUGCGGCCGGACAGGAGGGCUCGAGCCUCCCGGGCUUCUUCAUCAUGACCAAUUCACGCGCGCUCCCGCCCUCCGAGGCGCGCGCGCUCAUCUCUGCCGUCUGCAAGAACGUCCAGACGGCCGCGGCGCGCGUCGGCGCCCAGUACUCCGUUGUGCUGCGAUCGGACUCGACCCUGCGCGGCCACUUCCCGCUCGAGAACGACGUCGCCGAGGCGGCCAUGGGCCCCUUCGACGCCUGGAUCCUCUGCCCCUUCUUCCUCGCCGGAGGGCGCUACACCGUGGGCGACGUGCACUACGUGCAGGAGGGGGAGGAGCUCGUGCCAGCGGCGCAGACGCAGUUCGCCAAGGACCAGGCGUUCGGGUACGCGAACAGCAAUCUGCGGCGGUACGUCGAGGAGAAGACGGGCGGGCGCGUCCCCGCGGAGAAGGUCCACUCGAUCACCAUCCCCGACCUUCGCCAGGGGGGGCCGGACUCGGUGCGCGACAUCCUGCUGGGGCUCCCGCGCGGGUCGGUGUGCGUCGUGAACGCGGCCGCGGAUGAGGACCUCCACGUCUUCGGCCUCGGCCUGAUGCUCGCGGAGAAGGAGGGCAAAAAGCGCUACCUGUGUCGCACAGCGGCGUCGUUCGUUUCGGCGUGCCUGCUGCCCGGGGAGGCCCCGCGGCCGCCGAUGGGCCCCGCGGACCUCGUGCCUCUGCGCACGCACACGGGGUCCGCGCGCCACGACUCCCCGCGCGGCGGCAUCGUCGUGUGCGGGUCCUACGUGCCCAAGACCACCGAGCAGCUCGAGGUGCUGCUCGACCACUGCGCGGUCAAGGGGCUGCCGCUGGACCGGAUCAUGGUGAGCUCGACGCUGCUGUCGUCGCGCGCUGACGUUGCGGGGCGGGCGCGUGAGAUUGCACGGGCAACAGCGGCUGCGGAGGCCGCGGUGUCCAGCGGGCGCGUGGCGCUGGUGUACACGUCGCGCGUGCUCAUUCGAGGGCAGGACGCGGAGGACUCGCUGGCGAUUCACUCCCUCAUCGCGUCGGGCCUCGUCGCCAUCGUGCACGGCGUGGCCACGCGGCCGGGCUUCCUCAUCGCCAAGGGGGGUAUCACGUCAGCGGACAUGGCCGCCAAGGCCAUGCGCGCCCACUCCGCCCUCGUCGCCGGCCAGGCCUCCCCGGGCGUGCCUCUCUGGGUCCUCGACGGCGCCGAGUGCGUCCACCCGGGGCUGCCGUACGUGGUGUUCCCCGGCAACGUUGGCUCUAGGGACGCCCUCGCGCACGUCGUCGAGCGCUGGAUGCCCCCGCGCGCCCGCGAUCCGCCCACGCUCUCCUCCAUGCUCAGCCGCGCCAUCGAGGGCCUGUACGCCGUCGGCGCGUUCAACGUGUACGACCUGGCCGGCGGCGCAGCGGUGGUGGCCGCCGCGGAGGCCGCGCGGUCGCCCGUGAUCCUGCAGGCGCACCCCGCCGCGCUGAAGCACCCCGCGGGCGGCGCGGGGCUCGCGGCGGGCCUGAAGGCGCUCGCUGAGCACGCGUCCGUGCCCGUGCUGGUCCACCUGGACCACGCGGCGGAGUCGGACUGGCGCGAGGGGCUGAAGCACGGGUUCGGGUCGCUCAUGGUGGACGGCUCGCACCUGGAGUUCAAGGCCAACGCCGCUCUCACCCGCACUGCGGUCGCGGCGGCGCACAUGCGCGGCAUGGGCGUGGAGGCCGAGCUGGGCCGCCUUGCCGGCACGGAGGACGACAUCACCGUCGAGGCGUACGAGGCGAGUCUGACCGACCCCGGCGAGGCGGCGCGGUUCGUGACGGCGACGGGCUGCGACGCCCUCGCCGUUUGCAUCGGCAACGUGCACGGAAAGUAUCCGCCCUCGGGCCCCAAAAUCGACACCGCGCGGCUGCGGGAGAUCCGUGACGCGGUCCACAAGGAGCGCCCGGGGCUGCCGCUGGUCCUGCACGGCGCGAGCGGGCUCGACGAGGCGACGGUGAAGGAGUGCAUUCGGCUCGGUUGCGCGAAGUUCAACGUGAACACGGAGGUGCGCGCUGCAUACGUGGCGGCCCUGAAGAGCGGAGGGUACUCGGACCUGGUGCCCGGGAUCACUGCGGGCCACGACGCGAUGGUCAAGGUCGUCAGGGAGAAGAUCGAGCUGCUCGGGAGCGCGGGGAAGGCGUGA